GUUCUGGUGCUACACGAAAGAAACCCUGAAGGGGUUGGAUUUUUUUGUACUGUGUAAUGUGCUUUUGUGGAAACAUUUCCAAUAACGCACAUGAACCAAACAAAAGUGAAAAUGGGAUUAUAAUUUUCCAUUGUUUGUUCUUGUUUGUUUUUUGUAUUACUCACCACAAAAGUUUUGUCAAGGUCUACUUGCUCGGUUUUCAAAAUUUCCUCGAGUCCACUUUUGUAGUUAACGGGCUGUCACUUGUGCUCCAUCAUCCAGUCGCGCACUCUCGGUCGGGAACCGCACUAACGAGCGCCUCCUUCUCGAUUUGGGGAUUUACCCCGGGGCGCACUGGGCGUACCGAGGAGGCUCCGAGGAUUAGUGCCAUGUGGAUGUCGGGGGUGUCAGUGUUAUGUGCUCUUGAGCCCAAAACAACGCUAGUGGCACUCAUAUACAGUCACAGAGGACUUUUAACACUGUGGACCACUACGGAUCACAAUGAAGUUGCGAUUCUAGACUACAACAGGUAUCCGUGAGGUGACUCCAAAGCUAUUUUCUCCUGAGGCAGUGCAUGCUGGGAACAAUGACUGUUACCUACACAGCCAGAGUUGCUAACGCACGCUUCUGUGGCUUCUCCAAGCUGCUUUUGGCCUGGAAAGGAAGUAUCUACAAAGUGUUGUAUAAGGAGUUCCUUGCUUUUUUUGCCAUGUACUCAGCCAUCAGUAUCACAUACCGAUUUUUCCUCCCAGAUGACCAGAAGAGAUAUUUUGAGAAGCUGGCAAUUUACUGCAACCAUUAUGCCAGUCUCAUCCCAAUGUCAUUCGUACUGGGUUUCUACGUGACCCUAGUGGUGAACCGGUGGUGGAACCAGUACACCAGCAUCCCGCUUCCUGAUCGGCUUAUGUGCAUCUUGUCGGGGGGGCUCCAGGGUGCUGAUGAGCGAGGCCGACUGCUCAGACGCACCAUGAUGCGCUAUACCAGUCUGUCAGCCCUGCUCAUCCUCAGAUCUGUCAGCACGGCCGUCUUCAAGCGUUUCCCUACCAUGGACCAUGUGGUCGAAGCUGGAUUCAUGACCAGAGAGGAGCGCAAAAAGUUUGAAGGCCUCCACUCUCCUUACAACAAAUACUGGAUCCCUUGUGUGUGGUUCACCAACCUGGCUGCUGUGGCCCGCUGUGAGGGUCGCAUCAAGGAUGAUCACACGCUCAAGCUGCUGCUGGAGGAGCUGAAUGUGUUCAGGGGAAAAUGUGGCAUGCUGUUUCAUUAUGACAUGAUCAGUGUUCCACUGGUCUAUACUCAGGUCGUAACUUUGGCUGUAUACAGUUUUUUCCUGGUGUGUCUGAUUGGCCGCCAGUUCCUGGAUCCUAAUCAAGGUUAUCCAGGCCAUGACCUUGACCUAUAUGUGCCUAUCUUCACUCUGCUACAGUUUUUCUUUUAUGCCGGGUGGCUCAAGGUUGCAGAACAACUGAUCAACCCUUUCGGAGAAGAUGAUGAUGACUUUGAGACAAACUGGUUGAUUGACAGAAAUUUCCAGGUGUCCAUGAUGGCAGUGGAUGAGAUGUAUGGAGACCUGCCAAUGAUGGAACGAGAUCGCUACUGGAACGACUCCAACCCUCGCCCACCGUAUACAGCUGCAACUCUUUUUGUCCUCCGCAAACCCUCCUUCCAAGGUUCAACAUUUGACAUGGCGAUUCCAAAGGAAGAGAUGCACUUUCAGCCCCUGGAGGACAUUGCCGAGAAUACGGAGGAGUCAGGCAGCCGUCACCCCAACAUGGCUCUCUUCAACCGGCUCCUUAACGCAGCCCCCUCACACGCAGGCUUCAUGAGCGGAGCCCUUCGUCGCACAUCGGCCCAGCUCCAGAGACUCUAUCAUUCGCCCAGCAUUGACCAGUGCGUCAGCGAUGAUGAUGAUAGUGAAAGUUGUAAAAUAGGGAAAGGGGGCUCAUUGCCAUCUGGGCUAGGGCAGGACACCCAGAGCACCGUGUGUAGUUUCAGGGAGGAGAAGAGUGCCAGAGUGCCUUUGCUGGAGAUUCAGUUUGGAGUGGAGCAGGAGAAGCCAGGAGGCCACUUUGACAUCAGCCAGGUGGAAGAAGACACUGGAACGUACAGGAGUGACAUUGAAGAUAAUCAUUUGAAAAAGGAGGAAGAAGAGAAAGCAGAGAUCCCAUCUCCUAUGGUGCACCUUCCUGCUCCGCCACAGCAUUCGAGAGCAACUCGACCAGCCUCCACCAUUCCUUUAACCUUCCAUCACCCCUCUCCUUUCCCCUUUCACACAACUUCCCACUCCAGUCUGGAGCACUGCAGCUCACAGCCUGUUAUCACCCACCACAAACCUCUGUCCUCAAUUCCUAAUCCUUCUUUAGGUCAACACAAAAUGUCUUUUCUCACUGUCCCAUCUUUGGAGCCCCAGCGCUUCCGGAGUGUCAGCAUGGGAUCAGAGCUGACUGGGACUUAAACACACACCAAGAUGUCACAUGAAUGUUGUGACUAUAAUUCUGUAUUUGUCCACCCAUCUGUGUGUGUGUGAAUUUUUCAACCACUUAUCCGGGUUGCAGGUGUACUGGAGCAUAUUCACUCGUGAGCACAGGUCUCCAACACAAGGCCCACGAAAGAACAUUAAGUAUAUUGACUUCAUGUUUCUUGUUAAAAUACUAAAAUUACAGAUUGUUGUCACUUUUCAGUUCAAGCAUAUUUAUUGUUACAAGUCCCCAUUUUUUUAAUGGAACAGGUUUACUGGCUUCUGAUUUCAAAAGAUAUCAUUCAAUUUGUUGCGUAGGUAAUGAUAUGAGGUGGUCAAAUUGGCCAAUACUAUUUUAGCCUGUCAAAUGUGAGUAUCCCAUAUUGCCAACCCCUCCUCAUGAAGUCAGUUAUACCACUGUCCAAUGCACAUGUGUUUGAUUCUUUCAGCAUUUAUCUGUAGUAUAACUGACAUCACAAAAUGGCUGUCCUCAUAAGAUGUGUAAUUUUGUUGUAUUUAAACUCCAUUAUCAGAAAGAAAUAUGCCGUUUGCCUACUUAAAUACUUUCAGCAAACAUCUUUUACACGUUCAUUUAUACUAAGUGUCUUCAAUAAA